GCAGUCGGCCAGCGUUCGGCCAGUGGUAGUGAAUCGAUUGUACCACACCCAGCGCCCUCUCCACAUCUUCUUUCAACCCGACAGCCCAGCCGCCCCAGUCAGUACAUAUGUAUUAGUCCAUUAGUCCAUACCUUCAUACCCAGUAUCUACCCAGUCGAGCCAGUCAGUACUCUUCCAUCAACCACCUUCUCCGUCCAAAUCUCUUUUCCAUAAUUCACGUCCCUCAAUCAUAAUUAUAAUAAUAAUAAAAAUCCCCCCAACUUAUCAACUUAUCAACUUAUCAACUUAACAACUGAUUUACUACCUAUUCUCUCCCUCUCUUCCUCUCUCUCUACCUAUCUACACUUGUUUGUCUCUUUACUCAACUUCUCUUAAUACAACAAUUAAAAUAUCAACAUUUUCGAUUCUCGUGAGAGAAAUUGUCCUCUUUUCUCCCAUAAUCGUUGAAUUGUUUUGAUCAGGAAUGCUGCAGGUUUUCACGACCAUCACAUUCACUUGAUAUGGCUGCGGUGAUUGAUUUUGUGUCAGAUUCAUCACGCUUCCACCCCCAUACAAUGAUACCCGCUGCAGGGCAUCAUGGUUCUUCAGAGGAUUCACCAUAUCGACAACCUUCCCGGUCGAGAGUCGAGCCUCCACCAAGUCCGAACCCCCACCCCACAUCAGUAGUUGAUGGUACCCCUCCUCCAAGCGCAAAUAUGCAAGCCAAAUAUGGCGACUCUCAUGAUGUAGACCACCGCACAAGAGUUAAACCCGAGCCUCAUAUCAAGUCCGAACCUAUUUCUCCUCCUUCGAGCUCCAGUCCAAACACGAAUUCACAUAGACAACAACAAUUUACAAGUCAGCAAAAUUUCCCUCCAUCUGCAGCGCAUCAUGCACGAGCCGAGCAUUCGCAUACCUUGAGCACCGAUUCUCCUUUAAGGCCUCGAAUGACAUCUGGGACAUCUGAGCGGACAGUACCAAGAUCGGCAAAGUCUCUCGAUGAUGUACAGAAUUAUGGUGGUAACACGAUCAAAGUUAGAGAUUUGGCACAUAUUGAAAGUUUCGCCAGCCCAGAAUUCCUCUCAUCCAGAGGUCAAAUUGGAGGUUCACGGACAGCAGAUGAGCCUGGAUUAAAAUACGAGAUCAGUGGUAUGCCUAUUACAGAUGUUAUUGAAAUGGUAGCUGGACUUUUAACCAAAAUCACCACCACAAACGAUCGUCAACACGAAACUUUACAAAGAUCCAUUCCAUCUGCCGAAAAUACAGCCAAUCUUACAGGACUAUCCUCGAGCGUACUCGCAUUUCACGGAAAGAAUGUGCCUAGCAUUACCAUCUUGAGUUAUUUAACUAGAAUACACAAAUACUGCCCAACAACAUACGAGGUGUUCUUGAGUUUGUUAGUCUACUUUGAUAGAAUGACGGAGAGAGUUAAUGCGGAACCCAUAAAUGCCAUGCGACAAGAAGCCAUGGAUCUGGAUGGUUCUCGACCUUCGUCUACUUAUUCUGCAGAGGGUUCUGAUUUGGCGGAUACCCCACCAGGAGCUAGAAGCGUUCCGGAGCUCAAAUCCGAGUUUGAAAAUGCUCAAUACUCUCACUCACAAGAUCCUGAACCUGGAUUGGCUCAGUUCCCCCUGUCCCACUUCUUUGUAGUUGACAGUUUUAACAUUCAUCGUUUGGUUAUUGCUGGUGUCACUUGUGCCAGCAAAUUCUUCUCUGAUGUUUUUUACACAAAUUCGAGAUACGCCAAGGUUGGUGGAUUGCCGUUGAAUGAAUUGAACCAUUUGGAGCUUCAAUUUCUAUUAUUAAACGACUUCCGAUUAUCUGUUCCCGUUGAAGUAUUAGAGGCUUAUGGCACAAUGCUUGUGGAUUUUUAUGCUCGAGAGAUCGUUGAUCAAAAACGAGCAAGUGGUAUGACAGAUAUGGCAUAUAAACAAGAAACAGCAUCUUGAGAUGUCAACGGUACUCAUGUUUUCGAAUGUAAGAAAACCACGAAAUAUUUCUUCUUCCUAUGUCAAUGAUUGUCUGUGGGUACAACAGAUGUUGGUUAUGUUAAGACAAAUGGAUGAUAACGGCGCUCAAUAAUGAUGAUGAUGAUGAUCUUUCAGCGAGAUAGACUUUCUUCCACUUUUGUAUGCGAGGUCAACGGCUUCUCUCCUUUCUAUACCUCGUAUUUGAGAUGGAUUUGGUUUUGGAGCAAUCGAUCAUAAAAGAUACCCUUCUUCUUUUACUCUCUCUUAAUGUCACUUCGCAAAGACUAUAAGAUCUUAAGUUGGUUCUAUCAAGUAGCAAAUGCUUUCUUUUUUUGAUAGCCUGAUUUUUUUUGCUGGUGCAGUCAGUCACUGUCUAGGAUUACAUGGGAUGACGUUAGAUUUCACAUGUUUCUUUCUUUCCCAUUUAGGAGGACUUCAUUAUGGAUGGAGAGACACAAAGAUGUAGCAGAUACAUGGUUGAGUAGUAUUAUAUCGAUGCACUAUUUUGAGAGAUGGAGAAAGAUGAUGGAAAAACAGAGCUGAUUUGGAUUGAUUUGGAUUGGAGUUGAUAACUAUCAAGUGUAACUUUGGUUGCUUGAAGAUAGGCGGAUGGAUCUCGAGAUUUGAUGGGAUGGAACAGCAGAGCAGAACAGACAGAGCAGAGCAGAAGCUAUGAUAUGAGUUAUGACGACUACAC